AAGGAAGGAGACAUCGACAUCGGUGGAAUAUUUGCUCUGCAUUCCCGUAUAGAGAAAUCGGAACUUUCAUUUGAAAAAAGACCUAGAGCUGUGAAAUGUGAAAGAUUAGAACUCCAAAUGUUCCGCUUCAUUCAGGCGAUGAUAUUUGCGAUUGAAGAGAUAAACAGGAGUCCCGUUCUCCUCCCAAAUAUAACACUGGGCUACAGGAUUUAUGAUUCAUGUAAUCUGGCCCGCUUGUCAAUUAAAGCGGCUUUUGAAAUGAUUAAUGGACAUGACCCAACAUCCCAAUGGAACUCUUGUCUCCCGCGCUCAAUCGUUCCAGCCAUCGUGGCUGAAUCGGGAUCUUCACAGUCGCUGGCAGUGGCGGCGUCAAUAGGUCCUUUCCAAGUCCCCAUGGUUAGCUAUUUCUCUACGUGUGCCUGUCUCAGCAACCGGCGAGAAUUCCUCUCAUUUUUUCGAACGAUUCCAAGCGAUUACUUUCAGACCAAAGCGUUGGCACAACUUAUCAAGCGGUUUGGAUGGACUUGGAUUGGAACGGUAAGGAGCGACAACGAUUACGGCAACUUUGGGAUGCAGGCCUUCACUAAGGCGGUUCAGCAGCAUGGAGUUUGCAUUGCUUUCUCCGAGUCUUUUCACAGGAGAUAUUCGAGAGAAAGACUACUUCACGUUAUCCGCGUUAUUCGGACAGCGUCCACGAAAGUCGUGGUGGCUUUUCUCACACAAGCGGACAUGGCAAUUUUAUUGAAGGAGAUUGCUCGACAAAACAUUUCUGGUAUCCAGUGGGUGGGCAGUGAGGCGUGGAUCGCAACAUCAUUUCUGUCUCCUGAGGAGAACAAAAGAUUCGUUAUUGGGGCCAUCGGGGUCGCGAUACGUAAUGUUAAUAUCCCGGGGUUCAAAGAAUUCUUAACACGUCUUCAUCCGUCUGUCUAUCCCGGUAAUGUUUUAGUGGAAGAAUUUUGGGAAAAGACUUUCGGCUGUAGCCUGAAAAGAAUGGACAAUAACACAGAGAACCUGACGGCCAUUGCACAGCCUCAUGAAUGUUCAGGAACGGAGAGCCUAAAGACUGUGUCUAACACUUACACAGACACAUCUCAGCUGAGGGUGACCAACAAAGUUUAUGAGGCGACUUAUGCUAUAGCCCAUGCACUUCACAAUAUGCUUUCAUGUAAAAGCGGCAAAGGUCCAUUUGUCAAUCAGACUUGCGCAAAUAUUACUAACUUUCAGCCGUGGCAGGUUUUGCAUUACAUGCAAUCAUUAAAUUUCACCACGAAGGUCGGGGAAAGAGUACAGUUCGGCGAAAGGGAUUCGGUAGCGACGUAUGAUAUUGUGAACUGGCAAAUGAGUAGCAAAGGAAAUGCUGUUGUACUGACAGUUGGACAUUAUGACGGAUCCGCGGCUUCAGCCGAACAAGUCAUGAUAAAUGAAGGGGCGAUUGUUUGGACUGGUGGUCGCAGAGAGGUCCCCAGGGCGGUAUGUUCUAACAGCUGUUCCCCUGGAACAAGAAAGGCAGCUCGCAGGGGACAGCCUAUUUGUUGCUUUGAUUGCAUUCUGUGCGCAGAAGGGGCGAUAAGUAACACCACAGAUUCAGUUGUGUGCAUGAUGUGCCCCAGGGAUUCCUGGUCCAACGACCGGCAGGACCAAUGCAUACAGAAGCGGCUGGACUUUCUGUCAUUUACCGAAGUGAUGGGGAUUGUUUUGACCUCGCUGGCGCUGAUCGGAACUUGCAUCACUGCCACGAUUGGGGGCAUUUUCUUCCGUCACAAAGACACUCCGAUUGUGAAGGCUAACAAUUCCGAGCUCAGCUUCCUUCUUCUCCUCGCAUUGAGUCUUUGCUUCCUCUGUUCAAUCGCAUUCAUUGGCGAGCCGUCGGCGUGGUCCUGUAUGUUACGGCACACCAUGUUUGGUGUUACUUUUGUUCUCUGCGUCUCUUGUGUGUUAGGAAAGACUAUCGUUGUGGUGAUGGCAUUUCAGGCUAAGCUGCCCAGCAAUAAUGUGGCGAAGUGGUUUGGUCCCCUUCAACAACGCCUCACUGUGUUUCUUCUUACACUGCUACAGUGCUUAAUUUGUACAGUCUGGCUCAUCAAAACCCCACCACUCCCCGUUAGAAACAUGACAUAUUCGAAGAAAGUGAUCCUUCUAGAAUGUGAUGUGGGGUCCAAUGUGACAUUUUACUGCGUCCUGGGUUAUAUUGGGUGCCUGUCAUUGUUUUGUUUUGCCGUUGCCUUUUUGGCACGAAACUUACCGGACAACUUCAAUGAGGCGAAGUACAUCACAUUUAGCAUGCUGAUAUUCUGCGCUGUUUGGAUAUCUUUCAUUCCAGCUUAUGUCAGUUCUCCCGGGAAAUACACUGUGGCCGUGGAAGAGUUUGCCAUUUUGGUUUCCAGCUUUGGCUUACUGUUCUGCAUAUUUGCGCCAAAAUGUUACAUCAUUUUGUUCAAGCCGGAGAGGAAUUCAAAACGACACUUAAUGGGGAAAGUGGCUUCAUAA